AUGUUACAAGACCCACGCAUGGUAUCCCGAUUGUCCGAAGGGUGCUAAAUACAUUGUUAUUUACCGUGAACCACGUGCUGCUUUCAACAGCUUCUUUAACUUCUUUGAGGGUUGGUGGUUCCAACCCGGAGAAGUUUCACUUCAUGAAUUUGUAAAAGACUUUUUGCUCGCUCGUGGAGUACCACAAAACAAGAUGGAAAAUGCAUCCUAUUUCGUCCACUUGGUUAGCUGGUGGGAACACAGGAAUGAUUCGAAUGUUUUGUUUGUGUUCUUUGAGGAUAUGAAAGAUGAUUUGGAAAGUGUAGUUAGGAAGACUGCAGCAUUCAUAGGAAUUCAGGAUGAAGAAAAGAUUGAGAAGGCUGUGGAAAUGAGCUCGUUUGAAUUUAUGAAGGAAAACCAGAAGAAGUUUUCAGACACACGCAUCGCACGUUAUCGGAAUGUAGCUUGCGGGGUAGCCCAUGAUGUUGUGCCCAGUAAGGUUGUCACGGGAUCUGCAUCAAAAGGACGAGAGUUGAUGGAUGAUAAAACUAAAGAAAUAAUUCAGGGAAAGUGGCUGGAAGUUGUUGCCAAACAAACUGGGUUUCAAGAUUAUAAUGAGUUAAGAAGUGCAUUCAAAAAGGAAAAGAUAAAUAAUAAUUAA